AUGGUAAAAUUAAGGCCAACCUCCACACUUUUUUCUGUCAGAAAUUUUGGUAAUUAUUUACGAGGACCUGUUAUUGGAAUUAAUUUUGGUUUUACAAAUUCCUCUGUUGCCAUUUUAGAGGGCAGAAAAGCUAAGGUUCUCAAAAAUGACGAAGACUCUUUCACUACUCCCUCAGUUGUAGCCUUUAUUGAAGACGGGGAAUAUUUAGUUGGUGCCCCAGCUGUGAGACAAGCUGUUUUGAAUAGUCAAAAUACAAUUUUUGGUAUUAAACGAUUAAUUGGACUCAAAUAUGAUGAUGAACAAGUUCAGGAUUUUAUGAAAACCGUUCCAUACAAAAUUGUAAAAUCUUCUAAUGGUGAUGCUUGUAUUGAGAUUCAAUCAAAGCUUUAUUCUCCUUCACAAAUUGUUUCCUUUAUUUUACUAAAAUUGAAGCAGACAGCCGAAAAUUAUUUAAAUAAAAAAGUUGGGGAUGCAAUAAUUACAAUUCCUGGCUAUUUUAACGACUCACAAAAACAAGCAUUAAAGGAAGCUGGUAAACUUGCGGGAAUGAAAAUUUUACGGUUUGUUGAUGAUUCUGCUGCAGCCGCAAUUGCUUGUGAUUUUGGACGAGGAUCACGUGAAAUUGCUGUUUGUAACUUAAAUGGAGGCAUUUUUGAAUUUUCCAUUUUGAGGGUUCAGGAUGAGGCUUAUGAAAUUCUGUCAACUAAUCACAAUCCUUUACUAAGUGGCGAUGCUUUCAAUAAUGCUAUUGUAAAUUAUUUUGUUUCUGAAUUUGAACGAGAAAAUGGAAUUGAUUUGAGCAAGGACCCUGUUGCAAUUCAACGCUUGCGUAAAGCUUCUGAAAAGGCAAAAUGUCGACUUUCAAGUUGUACACAAACUGAAAUUAUUCUUCCAAAUAUUUUUGUUGAUACUAAUGGACCUCCUAAACAUUUUCGAAUAAAAUUGACACGUUCAAAAUUUGAGGAAUUGACUGAAAAUUUGAUACAAAAAAUUGAACAACUUGCUCAAAGAACAUUAAAUGAUGCUAAAAUGGCAAAUCAAGCAGAUGAUAAGGAUUUACAAUUAAAUGAGGAGGAGGAGGAUUUACAAUCUACUGGAGUUACCUCAGUUUUGACCAUUGGAGGGAUGUCUAAAGUACCUAAGGUUUUUUUUAAAUUUUUCAAAUUUAUUUUUCAUUAUUUCUCUCCCACUCGCCCCAUUUUUUUUCUUUUCCAUUUUCUUCAAAAAAAUUUUUUGAGGGUCACUCGCCUCUCUGUUUUCCUUUUUUUCUCCAAAAAAGGGAGGGUGGAUAAUGGAAAGUAUAUUUUGUUUUGUUUUUUUUUUAAUUAA